GCCGUAGCUGCGGCUGAAGGAGCUGACCAGCCAGCUGACGCCCCACACUCAUCUAACCACCAUGGAUAUCGCCAUCCACCACCCCUGGAUCCGCCGCCCCUUCUUCCCUUUCCACUCUCCCAGCCGCCUCUUUGACCAGUUCUUUGGUGAGCACCUGUUGGAGUCUGAUCUCUUCCCAGCUUCUACUUCCCUGAGCCCCUUCUACCUUCGGCCGCCCUCAUUUCUGCGGGCACCCAGCUGGAUUGACACUGGCCUCUCAGAGAUGCGUCUGGAGAAGGACAGAUUCUCUGUCAACCUGGAUGUGAAGCACUUCUCCCCAGAGGAACUCAAGGUCAAGGUGCUGGGAGAUGUGAUUGAGGUGCAUGGCAAACAUGAAGAGCGCCAGGAUGAACAUGGUUUUAUCUCCCGAGAGUUCCACAGGAAAUACCGGAUCCCAGCUGACGUGGACCCGCUCACCAUUACUUCAUCCCUGUCGUCUGAUGGGGUCCUCACUGUGAAUGGACCAAGGAAACAGGCCUCCGGCCCUGAGCGCACCAUUCCCAUCACCCGUGAAGAGAAGCCGGCUGUCACUGCAGCCCCCAAGAAGUAGAUGCCCUUUCUCUAACUGCGUUUUUUAAAACAAGAAAAGUUCCCCACCAUUGAAUGAAAACCUUGUGACUAGUGCUGAAGCUUAUUAAUGCUAAGGGCAGGCCCAAAUUAUUAAGCUAAUAAAUAUCAUUCAGCAACAGA